CCAGCAAAUGUGAGCGCCUCUGUGGACUGUGCUUCUGGUGGUGUCAACAUGAGCUGGAACGCUCAAAGAAAUGCAGAUGGAUACAUCACAAUGAUCUCAGACAGCAACCAGCAGAUGACUAACUAUAACACCACAGAGCCCCAGCUGAUCAUACCCUCAAGGAACUGUGGUCAAGAGUACACAGUGGAAGUGAGGUCCUUCAAUAAGAGCUGCAUCAGCUUUCCUUCACGAGUAAACUUCAAAGGAGGUAGAAGUUUUAGCCUUUGUUUCUCAGCCUAUACAUUUAUUGUGUAACAGAGAUGGGGAAGCCAUACAGAUCAUUUCAAAGCAAAGAAACACACUGAUGUUUUUGUGGUGGCAGUGUUGCUUUUUUUGUUUAUGCUAUAAGGGUUUUUUUUUUUUAUUCCUCCAGCACCUUGCCUGCCCAUUAACGUGACGGCAACAAAGAAUUGUGGGCAAAACAUUGUGGAAGUGAGCUGGCAGGCAAGUCCUGGAGCCAAAAACUACUCUGCAGCCGCCAUUGACGGAAAUGGCCAUCGCUUAGAAUGUGUCUCCAAUGGUACUUCAUGCCGGCUGAAUGGAGUGGUGUGCGGACGCAAUUAUAGCGUCACUGUUGCUGCUGUAGAUGACGUGUGCACCAGCAAGCGGAGCUCUGCAGUGCAACUUUUGUCAGAACCGUGCUCUCCCUCUGAGCUGACUUCCUCAGUCAACUGCACCAGCAACUCUGCCAAGUUAUCAUGGAGCAGCAGCUUGAAUGCAGUGUCUUACACUGGCAAAGCAGUGAGCGCUGAUGGUCACAACGUUAGCUGUAGUACAAGAGAGCUUGGCUGUCAGAUGGCAGGUCUACGCUGUGGGACUAAGUACACCUUCACUGUGUCAGCAACAGACGGUGGCUGUCAAAGCUUAGACAGCAAAUCUGUCGUCCAAACAACAGCCCUGUGUCCUGUACAGAGCGUGUCAAAUACACUCAACUGCAGCACCAAUAAGCUGAGCGUGAGCUGGUCGCCUGGAUCCAUGCCUGUCAACUACAGCGCCACAGUUUUGUCACCAAAUGGCACUGCUCUCAACUGCAUGACGGAGGCUUCCAGUUGCUCAGUUAGCACUUUACAAUGUGGACAGCAAUACACAGUGACAGUCAAAGCCGUGAGCAGCGCGUGUGAGAGCUCCAGCAGUGUUCCCACAAUCGUUAAUUCAGCUCCCUGUGUACCUAAGAACGUCCAAGGUGUGGUGGAGUGCUCCACUAACACCCUGCAAGCAUCUUGGAGUCCAUCUGCCGGUGCUGCAUCAUACAUCUCCACAGUGACUAAAGCAGGAGGCUUCUCUUCUUCCUGCUCCUCCACUAAUGCAAGCUGCCUCUUCCCUGACCUGAAGUGCGCACAGACUUAUUCCCUGAGUGUGGUUGCUCUAAACAACUGGUGUAACAGCUCAAGGAGCACCACAGUGUCAGCAACAACAGCUCCAUGUGAUCCCACAAAUGUGAAAGCUUCCCUGAACUGCCUCACUGAUCAUGUGACGGUGACUUGGAAUGCCAGUGCUGGAGCAAAUUCUUACACAGUUGUAGCUGAGGCCAGUGGACAUGUGGACUCCUGUCAAUCCUCUGGUACAUCCUGUAUGUUCUCUGCCCUGCACUGCGGAGAGGACUACACUAUCACUGUGCUGGCAGGAGACACCAAGUGCAACAGCUCCAUUCUAGCAAGGACCAACAUAACAACAGGUGGACUUUUCUUUUAUCUUUGGUUGUAA